CGCCGCCUUUCCUUGUUGAUCUUGUUUAUCAUAUUUUACAGAAAACCCUUGUUCAAACGCAAUGAUUUUUAUUACCUCAUGGUUUAGUGUUUUAUGGCAUAGAUAAGGGCUGCAGUACCAUGGACUAACCUCUCAAAUAUAUUUAAAUUAUUGCUAUGCUUUUGUUUAUUUAUCCAGUAUUAGGUAAUAUAUCAUUCCUUUUAUCACUUUACGAUAUCAGAUGAUUUGUUUAAUAUGGUAAAAUGAACAACCGGAUCCAAAUAAUUGUCUUUAAUGUGUUCAUUUACGUAGUUAUACUGAAUCAGUUUUUAAAUUGCAAGUGUUCUCAAAGAUACAGUAAUGAGUGGCUUAUGAAAGCUGAAAUGUCUAUUAGGGACGCGGAAGAAAUAGCGAUCAAAAAUGGAUUUGUACUUCAAAACCAGAUCACAGAUGACUUAUUUUUACUCACAAGGGACGACGUGCCUAGAUCUUCCUCAAGAAAGAUAAGGUACAAGCUUAAAAGUGUGGGCAUGCAGAGAAAGAUUGUUUUUAUUGAACAACAAACCUGGGGAAAUGUGAGUCUUAGACAGUUUACAGUAACAGACCCAUUAUGGAGCCAAAUGUGGUACAUUGACAGAAGUUCUAGCGUGUCCAUGACAAUACUUGAGGCAUGGCAAUCAAAUUUUACCGGUAAAGGGGUCAAUAUAGCGAUAGUAGACAAUGGCGUAGAACAUACACACGAUGACCUAAAAGAAAGAUAUAAUACCAAAUACAGCCAAGAUGUUUAUGAUCAUGAUAAUGAUCCAAGUCCCGCACCUGGAGAUUCACACGGGACCAGGUGUGCUGGGGUAUCGAUGGGCACAAAGAAUACUUUAUGCAAUAUAGGCAUAGCCCAUCAAGCACAGCUUGUUGCUAUUCGUAUGAUUGGGAGUUUUGGGGUGACAGAUGCAUGUAAAGCCAGUGCGUUAAGUAACAACGGUGCACAUGUGUCUUCAAAUAGUUGGGGUGGAAACGAAAAUACAUUUGAUGGUCCAUCUGCCAACGUUGAAUCUGCUUUAAAGCAUGGAACAACAAAGCUUCGAAACGGUCAGGGUGUAAUAUACGUCUUUUCGGCGGGAAAUGGCGGCUAUGAUGAUAACUGUAACAUGGAUGGCUACAUCAGUAGUAUCUACACGAUUGGCAUCAAUGCUGUAUCUAGAGAUCUCAAGCCCCCUGGUUAUGCAGAGCCAUGCUCAGCUGUGUUAGCCAGUACUUUCAGUGGUCCCGGUAGUAGUACAGUGGAUAAUUUGUGCUCGUCUGAUAUAAGCGGUCAAUGUACAACGUCGUUCACCGGUACUUCUGCAGCUGCAGCCGCAGCGUCCGGAAUAAUAGCACUGGUACUCGAAGCUAAUCCAAAUUUGUCAUGGAGAGACAUGCAAGAGCUGAUUGUUAUCACGUCCAAAAGUGAUGGAUUGCUAAAUGGACAAUUCAAAACCAAUGGUGUAGGGAGAGAAGUCAGCGAUUGGUUUGGUUAUGGACUUUUGGAUACACAGGCAUUAAUAGUAGCAGCCCAGAACUGGACAUGUCUUCAAACUCAACACAAGUGCAGUACUGGAACCGUUAAAGUAAAUAAACAAAUACAAGCACAAAUCAAUCCUCGGAGCGUUGAAAGUUCAGUGAAUAUCGAUGGUUGCAAUGCGACAGAGAAUUGUGUAAGUCGAGUAGAGCACGUAGUCGUUUCAGUGACGUUUGAAUAUUCAUUGAGGGGUGCAGUUUUGAUGUACAUUGACUCACCAAUGGGAACCAGAAGUGAGCUUCUAACACGAAGAAAGGAAGAUGACGAUAAAAAUUCAAGACACUUUUGGAGAAUGAUGUCUGUACAACAUUGGGGAGAGGAUCCAGUUGGAACAUGGACGCUAACAAUGUCAUUGCAACAUGAUCCGAACGAAUACGGAACAUUAGUUGAGUGGGACCUUAUAAUAUAUGGAACAGGGAGCGACUGCAGUCUUGGGGAAGAGGUCAUCACCGAUUGUCCGUACACAAAUACUACCUCUGAAAUUAAAGACAAAAAAGACACUAAAGAUAGUUUUUGGCAGCCUUGGCGCAUUGCAAUUAUAACAAUUAUACCGACAAUUUUUGUUGUUGUCGUCAUUAUAAUCGUCAUUAUAAUUUGUUUUGUGAGAAACCCUCGACCAGUCCAUCCAUGAAUUUAAGGAGUUACCUUUUUUACUGAAGCAGUAUUAGUGUAGAUGGUCUUAAUUUGAAUAAGUAUUCGUGACAAUUACUCUUUGGGAAUCUCGUUGAUUGCGAAAAAUAUGAUCUUACAUGUGUUUCAAAAUAAAAUCAUCAGGUAGUUUUACAUUGUUGAGAACAAUACUGGAAUCUUUCGAACGAGUAUACAGUUGUGCAACAUAAAGAUUAUUUUUUAGUAAAUUUCCAUUAUAAAGUUAAGUUUAAAAACCUAUAAAAUGUAUAAGACUUGUAUGUUGAAUGUUUUUAUUAAUUGAUCUAUUAUGUUAUUAUUUACGUUGUAUUGAAAAUAAACAAACUAUCAGAAUUAAUUACAGUUAAGAAACAUAUUUUUAUAGAUUUACUUUGCUACCUGAUAAUAAACCAAUGCUUUUGUUAUGUAUGCAUAUAAUUAUGUUAAUUAGCAAAGCUUCUCAAUUUUGGACACGAUAUAUACAUAUUUAUAUUAAACCUAUAUUAUACAUUGUUUCAUGUUUGUUUGUCAUCAUGGAUCGGUCAGUUUAAAGGAAAAUUGAAAAAUAAACUUAUG